UGUUUAUGAUGAUGAUGAUGAUGAUGAUAAUUGUUGGUUGUUGUUGAUUAAAAUUGAAACAAGUAGUCAGGUAAUGAAUUGUAUGAUUUAAAAAAAAUAAAAACAAUAGGGGUAGCACGUGUAUGAUGGUAUGUUAGGUGGAGUCAAAAUUGAAAAGUGGGUGGAGGCUGAGUUUGAGGCUUUCCGCGUUAUUCCAAUGCUCCAAUCUAACUCUCUUUCUUGGUCUUGAUGUUAUAUCAAAUUCCAUGGAUGGUACAGUUUAAGCAACCCAAGAAAUUUUAGAUUGUGAAUAUUGUUGGAGGUCGAGUGGGCGGGUGUGGCGUUGGAUUAAGUAUAGACCCUCAUUGACGUUGGCGUUUCGCGUUUUGCGCACAUCAUUUUACAAUAUUAUCCAAUCAACAAAUAAUAUCAAAAUAUAUUUUUACUAUUUUAACAAUUAUUUCAUCCCUUAAAAAAUAAUACAAAUAAAUAUAUUUAUGAUAUAUUUUUUUUACUAUUUUUAUUUUACUAUGUGUGGUUUUUUUUUUCAUUAAAAUUGUUGAUAAAAAAUAUAGUAAUAAUCAAGGACCGGGUGGGGCCGGGUGAACAAAAUUAUCACACGAACAACAGGGGCGUAGGGAGGCGGUCCUCGUAUUGGGUUGUUACGAGGAGGGCCUUCUUUUGUCGUUGUCAUACCAUCGUCUUUACCACCACGAUUGCAAAUAUCUUCAGCAACAACAACACCCCUUUUGCACGUGGAUAUUUUACAACUGAUAAAAAAAAAAAACCGCGAUUAUUUUUUAUUUUCUUGGAAAAAUAGUUUUUUCUUUUUUUUUUUUUUUUCAUUUUUUUCUUAUCACAAAAAUAGUUUUUCUUUUUAUCAAUAUUUUUUUUUUUUUUUAAUUGGUGGUUGUUAUUAUUGAGCUAUUUUUUUUUUUUUAAAUUAUUUUUUAUUUUUUUUAACUGUAUUAUUGAGCUUUUUAUUUUUUAAGUGGGGAAAGGGUUUCAGUGGUUGUUGUCGUUGUUUUUUUUUUUUUUUUCUUUACAUUUUUAUUGAUAAUAUUUUUUUGUUUUGAGUAUUUUUUUUUUUAUUGGGAUUGGAGUUUUGUGGGUGGUCGAUUUGGGUGGUGGCAGCGACAUGAUUUUAUUUCGGGGUGAAUUAAAUUUUUAAGUGGUUAAAAAUAUAAUAAUAAAGUGUAAUAAUAAAUUUAUAUUAUUAAUAAAAAUUUGGAUUUAAUAAAUUUUUUAUAAAUUUGAUAAAAUGAAUGUAAGAACUUUGUCAGAGGGAAAUGAAGAGGAGCAAGACCCUCUGGCGUCUCAACCACAAGAAAAUCAAGAACAACAACAACAACAACAACAACAACAACAGCAGUUGGAGCAACAAAUACAACCACAACCACAAAUACGUUUUUUAAAUGCAAAUGUAUUGCAACAAUUACAACAACAACAACAACAGCAGCAGCAACAGCAGCAACAACAACAACAGCAACAACAACAUGAACAAAAUGUACAACAACAGCAUGGACAACCGCAUGUUAUUACACUUCAACAAUUACAAAAUUAUCAAUUGCCAAUGGCAACACAACAACAGCAGCAUGAUCAACAAAGGACACAAACUAUUUCAGUUCAAGCACUGCCACAACAAUUUUUACAGGGUACACAAUUGACUGCAAGCCAGGCUCAAGCAAUACAACAACAUCAACAACAACAAGCCCAACAAGCUCAACAAAAUAAUCAACAUGGACAAGUACAACAACAAGGUCAACAACAACAGGCACAGCAGCAACAACAACAACAACAGCAAUUGAGUUAUAGUGUACCAUUGCCAAUGCAAACAGUUAAUAUUGAUGGACAAGAGGCAUUAUUUAUACCAUCAUCAGCAAUGUCUGGUGCUGGUGGACAUCAUCAAACAGCAAUGCAAUUUACAACAGCAAAUGGACAACAAGUACAAUUAGCAUCACAACAAGUACAACUUGCCAAUGGACAAAUAAUUACACCACAGCCAGUUAGUUUAAUAAGAACACCAAAUGUAUUUCCAACAUCAAUUAUACAAAAUAUUGGUGGACAAACAGUACAGCUACCUACAGAUUCCAAGGCAACCGUUGAUGUUACAGGUCAAAGUGUACAAGUUAGACCUCUACAAUUUCCAAUGCAACAUGUACAACAAACAGUACCAGUUCAAGUACCAGUUUCAACAAAUAAUGGACAAACUAUUUAUCAAACUGUUCAUUUUCCAAUUCAAGCAUUGUCAAAUGUAUUUGGUAUGGGACCACAAAUGAUGCCUCAAAUAACUCAGCAAAUUCCACAAAUGGCACAAAUUAUAACACCAAAUGGACAAAUACAACAAGUUCAAAUUGCAAAUUUACCACAAGGUCUUCAAGGUUUACAAAGUCUUCAGGGUCAACCAUUUAAACUUGAACAUCAAGUUGCUCAACAAGCUCAACAUCAAACACAGCAUCAAGUUGUUCAAACAGUUCAACAACAACAAACCCAAGCUCAACAACAACAAGUACAACAAGUUGUACAACAAGUAAUUCAACAACAACAACAAGCAGCAGCUCAACAACAGCAACAACAAGCCCAACAACAGCAGCAGCAACAAGCCCAACAACAAGUCCAAGCUCAAGCUGCAGUAUCAGCACCAGCAUCAAGUACAGCUUGGCCACCAAAUAACGUUCAAGUUGUUGGUAUUGGUCCAAUUGGUAGAGCAACAAGUACAAAUACAAAUGUAAUAACAACAAAAGAUGGACAAAAAAUUGAAUUAUCAACAUUAACAAGACCAAAUGACGGUAGUGUUGAUAAUGGUGAUAUUAAAUUUACAAGUAUUGAUGCAAGUCAAUUAACAAAUGGACAAGUAAUACAUAUACCAGCAGCAACUCAACAACAGCAACAACAACAACAGCAGCAACAGCAACAACAACAGCAGGCAAUGCAACCAAUAACAAUAACUGGUGCAGGAGGACAACAAUUAACAUUGAUAUCAGCAUCAGCACUGACAAACUUAACUGCAGCACAACAAGGACAAAUGAUGAGAAGUUUAAAUGUUGGUAAUGGUAGCAUAAUGCAAUUACAACCAGGUAUUGGUGGACCAAAUGGUUUUUUACAAUCAAUACCAAUACAAAAUUUAGCUGGUCUUGGUAAUGUACAAGUUAUACCAGCAAGUGCAUUACAACCAACAGUACAAGGUAUACAAACAACAACAAAUGGUGCACAAUUAACAACAAUUGAUUCAUCUGAUCCACCAAAAUGGCAAAUAUUACAAACAAUACAAUCAAAUGGUGCUAUUACAACACAACAAGCACAACAACCACAAGUACAAUCACCACAAUUACAGCAACAACAACAGCAACAACAGCAGCAACAAUUACCACGUACAAUAACACCAACACCAAGUAUUGUUACAAAUGAAGGUGAAACAAAACAACACAGACGUAGAGUUGCAUGUAAUUGUCCAAAUUGUAGUGAUGGUGAAAGAACAAGAGAUAUGACACAUAAAAGACAACAUAUUUGUCAUAUACCUGGUUGUAAUAAAGUUUAUGGUAAAACAAGCCAUUUAAGAGCACAUUUAAGAUGGCAUACUGGUGAACGUCCAUUUGUAUGUAGUUGGAUUUUUUGUGGUAAAAAAUUUACAAGAUCAGAUGAAUUACAAAGACACAGAAGAACUCAUACUGGUGAAAAAAGAUUUUCAUGUCCUGAAUGUACUAAAAAAUUCAUGAGAUCAGAUCAUCUUACAAAACACAUUAAAACACAUACUAAAAUAAGAAGUGCUGAAGCUGCAACUUCAACACAAGAAAACUCAUCAGAGGGUGAAUCAUCAAGUGAUGAAAAAAUUAUAAUUGCACUCAAAGAAAGUACACAAACUGAAAUAAUAAUGCCAUCAAUGGAACCCAUGGAAAGCGAUACACCAACACAUGUGACCAAUGAAUGACAAUUUACAUAAAUUAAUAUUAAUAAUUACUUUAAUUAUCAUGAGGAUCUUUUUAUACAUAUUUAUAAAUAUUUAUAUCCAUUAUUAUUAUUAUUAUUAUUAUUUCUUUAUUAUUUUAUUAUUUUUUUGACUGGGAUAAUUGGAGAAGAUUGGGGCUGUGAUUUUUCAGCCGGUAUCAUAAGUAGAUACUAAUGAUGAUUUUGACUCGAUUUUUCUUUGUUUUCUUUUUUUUUUUAUAGAAAUUAUUAUGGAGAAUUAUAGUGUUCUAGUAUUUCUAAUAUAUUUUUCUAAGAGCG